AUGGCGACGACGUCGUCAAUGUUCAUGUACAGCCUGACCAUACAGCCGCCUACUGCUAUUACUCAGGCUAUUUUAGGUCAGUUUGCUGGCACGAAAGAGCAGCAGAUAGUGACGGCGUCUGGCUCCAAGCUCACCAUUCAUCGACCUGAACCAUCCCAAGGCAGAAUUACGCCCAUAUACUCCCAAGAUGUCUUUGGCAUCAUCAGGACACUGGCGGCUUUUAGGCUAGCGGGUAGCAGCAAAGACUACAUAAUCAUUGGAUCCGACUCCGGCCGAAUCACUAUCAUUGAAUAUGUUCAUGCACAGAACCGCUUCAACAGGAUACACCUUGAAACGUUCGGCAAAUCCGGCAUUCGUCGUGUGAUUCCCGGACAGUAUCUGGCAGUCGAUCCGAAAGGACGAGCUUGCUUGAUUUCUUCCGUUGAAAAGAACAAACUAGUCUACGUUCUCAACCGCAAUGCACAAGCAGAGCUUACGAUCUCUUCUCCCUUGGAAGCUCACAAGCCGCAGACACUGGUGUUCGCACUCGUUGCAUUAGAUGCUGGCUAUGAAAACCCCGUCUUCGCGACGCUUGAGGUUGAUUACACAGAUGCGGAUCAAGAUCCAAGUGGCCAGGCUUUCGAAGAAUUGGAGAAGUUACUGGUUUACUAUGAGCUUGACCUGGGUCUAAAUCAUGUUGUUCGGAAGUGGGCCGAACCGGUAGACCGAAGCGCUACAAUGCUCUUUCAGGUUCCUGGCGGCUCUGACGGGCCUAGCGGUGUACUGGUUUGCAGCGACGAUAAUGUCACCUACCGGCACUCAAAUCAAGAGGCUUUUCGAGUGCCUAUACCUAGGAGACGAGGAAUCUUGGAAAACCCAGACCGCAAACGCCGUAUUGUUGCUGGAGCAAUGCACAGGACAAGAGGGGCUUUCUUUUUCCUGCUACAAUCUGAGGAUGGCGACCUGUUCAAAGUUACCAUUGAUAUGGUAGAGGAUGAAAACGGACAGGCAACAGGCGAGGUCCAGAGAUUGAAGAUCAAGUACUUUGACACUGUUCCUGUCGCAACUAGCUUGUUCAUCCUUAAGAGCGGCUACCUGUUUGUUGGAAGUGAGAAUGGAAAUCAUCAGCUGUACCAGUUUGAGAAACUUGGUGAUGAUGACGACGAGACAGAAUUUGACAGCGACAACUUUCCAGCUGACCCCACAGAGGCAUAUUCGCCCGCUUUUUUCCAUCCUCGUCCCGUCGAGAACAUCAGGCUUUCACAGAACAUUGAUUCAAUGAAUCCUUUGCUGGAAUGUAAAAUUGCAAACCUGACAGACGAAGAUGCUCCACAGAUAUACGCCAUUUGUGGCGCUGGACCCCGAAGCAGCUUCAGAACCUUAAAGCACGGCUUGCCCGUCUCUGAAAUCGUCGAAUCAGAACUGCCCAGCAGACCAUCAGCGGUUUGGACCACGAAGCUUACACAGAACGACCGGUUUGACGCAUACAUCAUCUUAUCAUUUGAAAAUGCUACUCUAGUUCUCAGCAUUGGAGAGACUGUCGAAGAAGUAACUGACACUGGCUUUUUGUCAUCUGCGCCAACGCUCGCGGUGCAACAACUUGGUGAGGAUGCUUUGCUUCAGGUACAUCCACGGGGUAUUCGGCACAUACGAGCAGAUGGCAAAGUGAACGAGUGGCCAGCACCGCAGCACCGUUCAAUUGUGGCAGCUACUACUAAUUCUAGUCAAGUGGCUAUAGCUCUCAGCUCCGGUGAGAUUGUGUACUUCGAGACAGAUACAGAUGGAUCAUUGAACGAGUAUGACGAAAAAAGAGAAAUGACUGGGACCGUGACCUGUCUGAGCCUUGGUGAUGUGCCAGCAGGUCGAGUGCGAAGCUCGUUUUUGGCAGUAGGUUGUGAUGAUUCCACAGUUAGGAUCCUCAGCUUGGACCCAGACUCAACCUUAGAGAAUAAAUCAGUACAGGCAUUGACAUCUCCACCUUCGGCAUUGUCCAUCAUGGCUAUGGCUGAUUCCACGUCGGGUGGUUCGACCUUAUAUCUACACAUUGGACUGUACUCUGGUGUAUAUCUCAGAACAGUCCUCGACGAGAUCACCGGAGAGCUGACCGAUACAAGAACCAGAUUCUUGGGCUUGAAGCCUGCUAAGCUCUUCCGCGUUUCUAUCAAAGGCCAAGCGGCGGUACUAGCUUUGAGCUCACGACCUUGGUUAGGAUAUUCCGAUGUGCAAACGAACGGAUUCAUGCUCACGCCCCUCAACUACGUUGGUUUAGAAUGGGGUUGGAUGUUUAGCAGUGAGCAGUGCCUGGAAGGGAUGGUGGGCAUUGAGGGACAAAAUCUCCGGAUUUUCACAAUAGAAGACCUUACCAACAACCUGCUACAAGAGUCCAUAGCAUUGCAAAACACUCCUCGGCAUUUCGUAAAGCAUCCUGAUCAGCCACUAUUUUACGUCAUUGAAGCAGAUAACAAUGUCCUUUCUUCCUCGACGAAGAACAAAUUGAUUAACGACUCGACAGCGGUCAAUGGAAAUGCCAUAGUAUUACCACCAGAAGAUUUCGGUUAUCCUCGGGGUACAGGACAUUGGGCUUCAGCAAUCUCUAUCAUUGAUCCAAUAACAGCAAAAUCAGUCAUUUCUCGCCUUGAGUUGGACGACAACGAAGCGGCUGUCAGCGUCACUAUCGCACCAUUCGCAAGUCAAGAUGAAGAAAGUUUCUUGAUCGUGGGAACUGCGAAGGACUUGACUGUCAAUCCCCGUACCUACACUGCUGGCUUUAUUCACGUAUACAGAUUACAUGAAGAAGGCAAAGAACUUGAAUUCAUUCACAAAACAAAGGUUGAACAGCCUCCACAGGCGUUACUCGCCUUUCAAGGACGCCUACUGGUUGGAGUCGGCCCAGAUCUGCGAAUAUAUGAUCUGGGUAUGCGCCAAAUGCUUCGAAAAUGCCAGACUACGGCAACGCCUCACAUGAUCGUCGGAUUGCAGACACAAGGUAGUCGUAUCAUUGUGAGCGACGUGCAGGAGAGCGUUACCUACGUUGUUUACAAAGUUCAAGAGAACCGUCUCAUCCCCUUUGCAGAUGAUAUGAUUGCUCGGUGGACCACCUGUACCACGAUGGUUGACUACGAAAGUGUUGCUGGUGGCGACAAGUUCGGUAACCUAUGGCUGGUCCGAUGUCCACCCAAGGCUUCUGAAGAAGCGGAUGAGGAUGGUUCUGGGGCGCACCUCCUGCAUGAGCGGCAGUAUCUUGCAGGUGCGCCUACAAGGCUGAGUCUCAUGUGCCACUUCUUCCCCCAAGAUAUCCCGACAAGCGUCCAAAAAACAUCACUGGUUGCGGGUGGGCGUGAUGUAAUUUUCUGGUCGGGUUUUCAAGGCACUCUGGGAAUGCUUGUACCUUUUGUUAGCCGAGAGGAUGUGGACUUCUUUCAGACCUUGGAGAUGCAGCUCGCUUCGCAAAAUCCGCCUCUAGCGGGCAGAGAUCACCUGAUUUACCGCAGCUACUAUGUGCCCGUAAAGGGAGUUAUUGAUGGUGACCUCUGCGAAACAUUUUUCCUACUGGCAAACGAUAAAAAGCAGAUGAUAGCUGGAGAACUUGACAGGUCAGUCCGGGAAGUGGAGAGAAAGAUCUCGGACAUGCGCACACGGGUAGCAUAUUGA